AUGGAGGACGCCGAGAUCAGCAACGACACAGUACACCCGCAGGUUCGGGCACACAUCAACAGCUUGGUGUCGGCCCUCGGUGGCUUCGGCAUCGACGACGAUGAGGGCUACAAGCUUGGCGACGACGCCCUUGAGGUGCUCCGCGAUCUCAAGAAAUGGAUCCGCUUCUACGACGAAAAGACGAACCGCAUGGACGUGGCCCGCUGCCUCGCCGAAGCCAACAUUGUCGGCUCCGAUCUCCUUCACAUUCUGGCGACAUGGACCCCGAACGACGCAAACAGCAAGUAUAAGGCCCGGAUCGCCCUGGCUUGCUUCGAACUGAUGGUGCCCCUCACCUGGCCGAUCGAGAAAGACCGCGAGACCAUGACCAUCAACCACUACCGUCACUUACCUGCGCUGCAGCUUUCCCAGCUGGGCUACAAACGCGCUGUGAUCAACUUUGAUGCGGCACCGAUUCUUAGCACCGCCGUGAGGGUAGCGUUGCCGUCGAUGGCUAUGCCGAACGGUGAUCGGUCGGCUCGCGAUCAGGGCAUCAUCAAGCUGGUUCUGUAUUUUCUGAGGAAUAUCGCCAUAAUCACCCCGCCGCCGGGCGUCAAAUAUGAAGGCGACGAGACGCAAAUCUCCCGGUCGGCACUCAUCGACGCGUUCUCGUUCCAGGACAUCUUCCUGACUCUUCUGACCAUUGCGUCGAACAUGGGCGAGGACUUUCGGAUGGAAGACGUGAUUGUUAUGGAGAUCUUAUUCCACCUGGUCAAGCGAGUCGACUCGAGCAAGCUGUUCGUCAGCGAGAAACGGUUGCACAAGAUCAAGGAGGACGAGCUUACGGCGGCGAUGAAGAAAGAGGCGGCCAUGUUGAAGUCAUACAGCAAAAACGCGCCAACCCGUCACAGCCGGUUUGGGACGAUGAUCUGGGUCAAGCGAGAGAGCGGGAAACUUGCGACGGUGUCGGGUCAAGAUGCGCUACUUGAUGCGGCCACCCGUGAGCGGAAGAUGGACAGCACAAAGAAGUUCAGGGCACCAAGGCGUGCCCGGAAGGAAGAAAUGGAGCCUCAAGAUCUGGGACCGCCGGUAUCACUCGAUGAACGGGCUCGCCAACAGUUACAGUCCUUCGUCUCUGAGUUUCUGGAUUCCGGCUUCAACCCCCUCUUCGCGCAUGUGCGAAAGUCGCUCGACCGCGAAGCGCCCCACGUUCUGCAGUCGCACCACGGCCAGUUCUUCUAUUUGAUCUCGUGGUUUUUAGAAGCGGAACGGAUGCGCAGGAAGGCGAAGGCGAGCGAUUCGAAGAAGUCUGCAGCAGCGGCGGCGGCGGCAGAUGAUGUGGGGAGCUUCAACCUGGUGGCUGAGGUGCUCAACCAGGAAAUGUUUAUCGCCUUGAGCCGCACCUUGGACCGGGCGCACGGCGACAAAGAUUGGCGGCUCCUGACCACCGUCAUGCGCUGUUUCACUCAGAUUCUGUUGACGGUCCAAGAGAUGUACAGCUCCGGCAACGAGGAGAACGAGGAGAUUGCCGACAACAUUCUCAGCCGCCUGUUUUACGAGGAAACAACCCAUGACGCCAUCGCCAACAUUGUUCGUUCGUACAAGGACCAAGGGUUUGAGUACCUGGAUGCCUGCACCGAGCUCACCCAUACAUUCGUGCGAAUCCUCGAGGCGUACUCCAAACAAAACGUCGACCUGCAAGUCCGCUCUCGCAAGAGGGUGCGGAAGAAGAAGAAGGCGGCCAAGGCUGCCGGUGCCGAGGGUGAUGCGGGAGAUGACGACCAAAACGAUGCUGAGGAUGACUCGGCGGAUGAUGAGAGGCAAGCCGAAAAGACAAGCCAAGAGAGGAAGUUUGAUUUCAAGCGGUUUGCCGUACGGUUCAUUCCCCAGGGCGCAGUCGACACGUUUGUUACCUUCACCAGGUACUACCGGGACCUCGACGACGAUCAGUUGAAGCGGGCCCAUCGGUAUUUCUUCCGGCUCGCGUUCAAACAAGACAUGAGUGUCAUGUUGUUUCGUCUGGACAUCAUCCACCUCUUCUACAACAUGAUCAAAGGCCCCGAGCCCCUGGACAAGAACUCUUCGAUGUACAAGGAGUGGGAAGAGCUCGCCAAGCAGGUUAUUCGGAAGUGCAUGAAGAAACUCGAGGAACGGCCCGCGCUGUUUACCGAGCUGCUGUUCUCCAAGAUCAACAGCACGGCUCAUUACCUCGAGUACGGCCAUGAGAAGCAGACGGUGUCGAAUCCCAGGCCGGCAGCCGAGCUCGAGUUCAAACGUGAGGAGGAGCGGGAUAAGCAGAUUGCCAUUGUUGUUGGUGUUCUGAUCGACAGGAACCAAACGGAUCACUUGGAGUGGAUCAAGAAGCAGCUUUCCGGUGCCGAAAGCGAACGACGCGCCUGGGAGAACGCGGAGAAGGCCUUGACUGCCGAACGACCGGAGGGUGAAGCCGCAGACGCAUCGGCCGAAGGGUCAGCUCCCAAAGAUGCGCCUCACACGACCCUCCGCCCAGACAACGACGCGCGACGCACAGCUUUGUUCAAGAAUCCCCAUCUCCGACUACUCAUGAAACUCGCCGGGCUCGAACGGCUUGCACCAACCCUCGACGAGAGCCCCGAUUCAAUCUGGGUUAUACCAAGCACCCUCACCGCCGACGCCCUAAAAGACACCCUCUCCCUCAUCAACCAAGCCGAGUUCAGCCCACCCACCUUCGAAGACGGCGGCUCAGCCGAGGACCAACUCCGCCGCAAGGUCGCUCCUCGGAAACGCGUCGCAUACGACGACGACGCCGAUGCCGACGCCAACGGCAUCAACGAUCUCAUCAACGACGGUUCCGACGACGACGACGGAACCGGCAUCCUCUUUCCCGCCGGCGGACCAACCGCCCGCAAACGCACUGCCGAAGACGGACAACCCAAAAGGCGACUCCAGCGACGCCGUCGUCGUGGAGCCGACGACGAAGAUGGAACCGAAGACCCCGAAGCGGAAGCCAAACGCGAAGCCAAAGCGCGCGCGCGCCGCAAGAAGGAGCUGGAAAAGGCGCGCAAGAUCAAGAGUGAGAUGUACGUCGACCUGCGGGAGGACGACUCGGAUUGGGAAGGGAAUAAAGAGGAGGACCGGGCCUUUUUUGCCCGUGAGCAGGAGCUUCAGGCUGCGAAGGAUGCUACGUUUGGGCUGAGCAGUAAACCUUCGGGUGUUGAGGCUGAGGCGUGGGAGGAGUUGGUCGGGGCAGGUGUGGGGGAGGAUGUUGCUGGUGCGGUGGUGGGUAAAACCAAGACCGCUGGAGGGAAGAGGAAAUCAUUGUCUGAUGAUAGCGAUGAGGAUGAGGACGAGGAUGAAGACCAAGUUAGCACCGGCUCAGAUAAUAGCGACGACGACGCCUCAUCGGAUGCUGAGUCGGCACCUGCUCCCAAACGCCCCGCGAAACGAAGGAAACCCUCACCACCAAAGACAAAACAGAAGAAAAAGCGGGCGGUUGCCCUCAGCAGCGACGACGACGACUCGGAUGAUGAGGUCGAGGCUGAUGCGAUGGAUAUCGACGAGCCCGUGCACUCAUUCACAUCUGUGUCGGCGUCGGCGUCUGCGUCUACUACACAAACCACCACCGGCAAAGACGGCGUGGGUACGAAUGACACGUCAUUGUCGGGGAGUCCGGGCCAGGGGGCUAAGCCGUCCGCGGGUGAUGCUGCCGCAGUCGGAGGAGGUGCGGGUGCAGGUGGGGGAGAUGAUGAGGACGAGGACGAUGAUAUACCAGCUGCGAAGACGGCGGUGAGGGCAAGGCCGAGGGCGAGAGCGGGGUUUAUUGUGGAGAGUAGUGAUGAGGAGUGA